AUGUUUAAGAAAGACAUUUCCCCCGGCUCAAAAAGCAAGGUUAAGUCCUCAGUUCAACGCGCCAUAAGAAACCAACUCGUUACUACAUAUCCUUUACUGGCUCCUCAUAUCGAUGAAAUAGUACCGAAGAAAGAGCAGCUGGAUGCUAUGAAAAUUCCAGAUAGAGUGACCCUUUACCUCAUUGGCCCUACUCCUCUAUUCUUCCAACAUAUGACCGAUGCUCUCCUCCCCCAUCUCAAACUCGUCCACCGAUUCCCAUCCUGCUUCCCUAGCAUCCGCAUCGAUCGCGGAGCGAUUCGAUUUGUUCUCUCUGGAGCUACUCUCAUGGCCCCAGGCAUCACAUCUACCGGCGGCAGAUUACCUACUGGAAACCAAGAAGAAGAGGGUGUAUAUGGAGAAAGUGGAGAAGGCGAAGGAUGGUAUGGAGGAAGAGAAUUGGAGAAUGGGGAACCAGUGGUUAUUUGUGCGGAGGGCAAGGAGGAGGCUUGUGCGGUUGGAUUAUUGAGUAUGAGUACGAAGGAUGUUAAGGAGAAGGGAAAGGGCCCGGUGGUGGAGGAUGCACAUUAUUUGGGAGAUGGAUUGUGGAGGUUGAGCACGGAUUAG